UCUAUUCAUCGCUUCAUUUUCAAAUUCAGGGACGACUUCUGCAAGACACCGAUUUUUUUGUUUGAACCAAUGGCUGCAGAAGGACAAGUGAUUGUGGUUCGUAAGGUUGAAGAAUUCGAUGCGCUUGUUAAGCAAGGAAUCGAGGCUGGUAAACUGAUUGUGGUGGAUUUUACUGCUUCCUGGUGCCCGCCAUGCCGUUUCAUUGCUCCAGUAUUCGCAGAGAUGGCUAAGGCGCACGUCAAUGUCGUUUUCCUGAAAGUGGACGUCGAUGAGUUAAAAGAAAUUGCUCAAAAGUUCGAUGUUACGGCAAUGCCGACCUUUGUUUUCCUGAAAGGAGGGGCGGAAGUUCACAGGAUUGUGGGUGCUGACAAAGUGGAGCUGGGGAAGAAAGUAUUGGAAUUAGGAGCACCAGCUGCCACUUCCUCUGCUUAGAUGGUGAGCUUGAUGGAUCGUUCUGCUUCUUAUUAUUAUGGUGUGAUAUGAUGAUUCUGGUUUCGAGUUUGUUCUGCUUGUGGAUUUGAUGGCAUUGUGUCGGAGAUGUUUACUUGUGUUCUUUGCAUGUCCGUAAUAAAACAUAUGUACAAUAAGAUUCAGUAUAUCUAUGAUGAUGUAUCUGCCGAAGCUUUUACUUCUCUCC